AUGGCUACGCUGACUGAAACGGUGAAGAAACCCGAGAUCCGACAAACGCAAUGCUUCAUUGGUGGUAAUUGGACCCCUGCGGCGAGUGGCAAGACGUUUGACACUAUCAACCCGGCCACUGAAGAAGUGAUCACCCAGGUGGCCGAGGGCGACAAGAAAGAUGUCGACCUGGCCGUGAAAGCGGCUCGCGAUGCCCUGGAGAAUGGCCCCUGGGGUAAGAUGGACGCCCGCGAACGUGGCCGGCUGAUGUAUCGCCUGGCCGAUCUGAUCGAGGACGAACUCGAUGAACUGGCCGCACUCGAAACGCUCGACAAUGGCAAACCGAUCCGAGACUCACGCGGGGCCGACUUACCGCUGACGAUCGACUGCCUGCGGUACUACGCGGGGUAUGCCGACAAGAUCCACGGCCAGACGAUUCCCGUUCGGGGAAACUACUUCACGUACACCCGUCGCGAACCAGUGGGCGUGGCCGGACAGAUCAUCCCCUGGAACUUCCCGAUGCUGAUGGUCGCUUGGAAGUGGGGCCCCGCGUUGGCCGCCGGCUGCACAAUUGUGAUGAAGCCGGCCGAGCAAACGCCGCUCACCUGUCUCCGCAUGGGCCGGCUGGCUCAGAAGGCCGGCAUCCCGGAUGGCGUGAUCAACAUUGUUCCCGGUUUUGGUCCCACGGCCGGCGGAGCGAUCGUCAAGCAUCCUGAUGUCGACAAGGUGGCUUUCACCGGUGAAGACGCCACCGCGAAGAUUAUCAUGAGAGACGCCAGCGAUACGCUGAAGCGGCUCACCUUCGAACUGGGUGGCAAGAGCCCCAACAUUGUGUUUGCCGACGCCGACCUGGACGCGGCGGCUUUGGGUGCGCAUGUGGCGCUGUAUUUCAACCAAGGCCAAUGCUGUUGUGCCGGCAGCCGGCUGUUUGUCGAGGACAAAAUUUACGACAAGUUCGUCGACAAGCUCAUCUCGAUGAACGAAACGCGCAAGCUCGGCGACCCGCUCGACCCCGAGACCGAACAAGGCCCGCAGGUCGACCAGGCCCAGUUCGACAAGAUCAUGCGUUUUGUCGAUAUCGGUCGCGAGCAGGGCGCGAAAUGCGUCAGCGGCGGGAAGCGAUUUGGCGAUCGCGGCUUCUUCGUCGAGCCCACGAUGUUCACCGAAGUCGAAGACAACAUGGACAUCGCCCAGAAGGAAAUCUUCGGGCCCGUGCUGUCGGUGCUGCGUUUCAAAGAUACCGACGAGGUGAUCAAGCGCGGCAACGCCACCCACUUCGGCCUAGCAGCCGCCGUUUGGACCCGCGACGUCAACAAGGCCCAUCGCCUGGCCGCCGAACUCAAAGCCGGCACCGUGUGGGUCAACUGCUAUGACGUGUUCGACGCUGCAGCCCCCUUCGGCGGCUUCAAAAUGUCCGGCAUGGGUCGAGAAUUGGGCGAAAAGGGCUUGGAUGCGUAUACCGAAUCGAAGACGCAGGAGCUACUAGAGUUGCGUUCUAUUUGGAAAUGGAGCCCUGGAGUCCUGCUCGCAGUUCCCUUUUGCUUUGCACAGUCUGGGGUAGGUCCGGGGGGACGGUUGAGGUCAUACGCAGUGAAGGGAUCCGCAUCUGAACUUCACGAACUCGCGAAGGCGGAAUUCGCAGCCCACCCGGAUAAUCCCGGGAGCAGUAUAGAAGAAAACACAGAAUCGCCCUUCAACCUGGAUUAUAUCGAGUUCUUAGAGGACAGUUAUUACGUGGACCUGAAUUGGUUGAGGCCGGCUGCGAAAGUGACCGGAAGCGUUUACUUGGCAAAAAAUGAAGAUGUGUAUCGUCCGCCUUUGAUUUUCGUAGACGGUUCGGGUGGGGUGCUUUAUUUUGUGAUGACCGACUAG